AUGACCCCAGCAGGCUGGAGCUCGCUCAACUUACCUAAUCACAGCAGCAGUAGCUGGGCGGACGGGGCUACUAGCAGCAGCGCGGGCUGCAGCACCAGCAGCAGCAGCACAAGCACGAGCAGCAGCUUGUUGAGCCGGGCAGUGUGGCGGCGAGGCGGCGCCGCGUCGUACCACAGCGGCCUCCACGGCGGCGGCAGCGGCAGCAGCGGGCACGCGGCCGUGACGCACGCCACCACAAUCAUCGCAGUCCGCAAGGACGGGGAG